AUGACAAGUCUAGCUUAUUUCUUCUUCAUCCUGAGUUUAUUUGUUGCCACCCUUCUCAACCCAGUUCGCUCCCACGUGGAUGAAUAUUUAUUCUUCUUUGGGGAUGGACUGUAUGAGGUGGGCAAUACUACGAACAUUACACGUCCUGAUAAAUAUCUUCCCACUUAUCAUGCACCAUAUGGCACCAACUUCUUCAACCAUUCUGCUACAGGAAGAUAUUCUGAUGGCCGCAUAAUUCCUGAUUUUAUUGCUAAAACGGUGGGGUUACCUUUGAUUCCUUCUUUCCAUAGCAAGGAUGAUCCAUAUUUCACUAAUGGUGCUAACUUUGCUUCAGAAGGUGCAACUGCUCAGGUAAGCAUUUUCCUUACAGGCCAGGUUGAGCUUUUCAAGAAGGUGAAAGAGAUAUGGAGAGAGCAUAUACAAAAUGAUACUGAAGUCUGUAGGAGGUUGCAGAAGGCUGUUUACUUUAUUUCCAUCGGCGCUCAGGAUUAUAUAAAUUACGAAUCCGCUAAUAGGAGGAUUUUGGAUCCUACUCUAGAGGAUAAAGUGGUUAAUGACAUAUCUGACGCCAUCAAGAAUUUGUAUGAUCUUGGCGCUUGGAGAUUUGUAGUUCAGAAUGUGGCAAAAUUAGGUGACAUCCCUUUUGCUCGUCAAAUAUUUGACGACAGAAGUCGGGAGGAUCUAUCAACAAGGGCACAAGCACACAAUGGUAUACUACCUGGAAAACUUAAGGUCAUAAAAGACAAUAAUCCGAAAUUCAAUUAUACAGUCUUUGAUUACUAUACUGCCGUCGAGAAAUUGACUGAUUACUUCAUAGUGCACAUUGCUUGCUGUGGCAAUUCAACGUAUCGUGGGCAAGCUUGUGGAUCUUUGGAUUAUGAAUUUUGUGUGUGUGGUAAUAAGACUGCGUAUUUGUUUUUUGUUGGUACCCAUCACACUGAUGCUGGCAAUAAAGUACUAGCUAAAUUUAUGUGGAACAACAAAUCAGGAUUAGUAUCACCUUAUGGCGUUAAGGACUUCUUUCCAUCAACUACUGCCAUUGAGACCCUUUUUACCGAAGCUGCUGCAUUAGGUUAAUUGAAGGCAUACUACAGAUAUCACGGCCCAUAGUGUAUAUCAUCUAUAUUUCUAAUAAGGCAUGUAAUUCGCCAUAGUGUUUGCCAUCCCCACUAUGGAGUCCCAUGAAUUGGCUUAUGUUUCUGUAUUUCUAUGUACGUACGUGUGUGUUUUAGUAGUGAAUGUAUAUAUUCAGCAAAUAAGCAUAUAGCAUUCAAAUCCAACAAGCUUUGUGAAAUAUGCUUUGUUUUGAAUCUCUCUCUCUCUUUCU